ACUCAACACCACAGCUCUCCGGCAGUCUGGCUCUCUCCAUCCCAAUCCCGACCUACCGUCCUCUCUCGCACGCCAUGGACGCCACGGCCACCGGCGCCAAGGGGAAGAAGGGCGCGGCCGGGCGCAAGGCCGGCGGCCCCAGGAAGAAGUCGGUGACGCGGUCCGUGAAGGCCGGGCUCCAGUUCCCCGUCGGCCGCAUCGGGCGCUACCUCAAGAAGGGCCGCUACGCCCAGCGCGUCGGCACCGGCGCCCCCGUCUACCUCGCCGCCGUCCUCGAGUACCUCGCCGCCGAGCUGCUGGAGCUCGCCGGGAACGCCGCGAAGGACAACAAGAAGAGCCGCAUCAUCCCCCGCCACCUGCUGCUCGCCGUCAGGAACGACGAGGAGCUCGGCAAGCUGCUGGCCGGCGUCACCAUCGCGCACGGCGGCGUGAUCCCCAAUAUCAACCCGGUGCUUCUCCCCAAGAAGACGGCGGAGAAGGAGGGCAAGGCGCCCAAGUCCCCCAAGAAGGCCGCCAAGUCGCCCAAGAAGGCCGCCACCCCGAAGAAGGCUUAAGAGAGAUGCGAUCUGUAUCGUUUAGGCUGUGUGCUGUGUAGUGUUCAUCUGAAUAGCAGAGUGAUGGUGUGUUCUGUCUAGCUGUUGAUGUACCUUGUGUUGUUCAUGUUCAUGGAAGAAAUUCAGAAAUCUCUUUGAAUUUCCAAAUA